GUUGGCUGAGAGACCACUGCAGUUGCUCGCUUCAUCUCACCGAACCCCACUCUAGCCCUAAACACAACUGAGCUAAAAUGGCAUUCGCCGGUGUUCUGAAUGAGGCUGACAUCACUGCAGCCCUGCAGGCAUGCCAAGCUGCCGACAGUUUCGACCACAAGGCCUUCUUUGCCAAGGUCGGUCUGACUGGCAAGUCCCUUGAUGACAUCAAGAAGGCUUUUGCAAUCAUUGACCAGGACAAGAGUGGCUUCAUUGAGGAGGAUGAGCUGAAGCUGUUCCUGCAGAACUUCUCUGCUGGUGCCAGACCAUUGACUGACGCUGAGACCAAGACCUUCCUUAAAGCUGGGGACACCGAUGGUGACGGCAAGAUCGGAGUUGAUGAGUUUGCUGCUAUGGUGAAGGCAUAAAUAUCAGCUGACCAAUGCCUUGUGCCUUGAUGGAACAACUUUGCCCAAGACCUCCCCUUCUCAUCUGAAUAUAAAUAAUUUUUAUACAUUUGCCUGUGACAUGCCUGCAGACCGUUUCCUCUCUUGCAGCACUCUGUCCAAAGUGAUGAUUGUAAAUGUAGUGCGGUUGUUUUUCAUGUCUUGAAUAUGAAUUUUGCUUACUGUAAAAUCUGAUGCACUUUUGAGGAACAAAAAGAGAGUAAAAGAAUAAAUAUUCUUUUGCAAUAGAA